AUUGUACCAUCGCAGGGAUGAUUUUUUUACUCGUGCGAUGAAAGCUCGAGAUGAAUACUUCAUCCCUGACCCAGAUAAUGGCGAUAUAUCAGGCUCGGAAAGCGGAGCUCUGUCGUGUUGCAGCCCGCUCCUCCGCUGUGCGCUCCCGGUGCGGCGGGAGCUGUUAGUGGCGCGGCUCGCCUCGCCUCCCAUCUUCCUCCGCCUGGAAUCCGACCCAUCCCCUCUCUCCGUGUCGCUUCUCAGAGAGAGGAGCGGAGGGGAACGGAGAAGCGCCGCGCACCGAGAGAGGGGCGAUGCAAACGGGGGAAAGGUGACUGAAUCGCAGCGCUGAGAAAUCACCAAGGGUUUCACGCCUGGGACUCCGACCUGCAGGGCCCUGCGUGAGGCGGAGCACCCUCCCCAGGAGAAGAGAGCUCAGCUCGGCCUUUAACUGAUCCGACCCUCCUACUGCUCACCUCCGCUUCACCUUCUCAAUAAAGAACCUCCUCCUCAUCCCAGGGGGGAGGGGGCCCGACUGCAGUCUCCCAGCUCUCCUACACCUCCAUCCUCUUGGCUCCCGCCGAUCAGUCCGCCCUUUCCCCGACUCUGGCCACCCCCUUCACCCCUCCCUGAGUCUCCCCACGGGCGGCAAGUGCAUGGCGGUAACUUCAGCCCACGAGUUCCACUGGCAGAGCCUGGCGCGACUGCCCAGCGGCCGCGUCUACCACACUCUGUCUGAGGUGGGGGGGCAGAUGUACAUGCUGGGGGGCUGCGACGCUACUGGGAGGCCCUGCCCGGCCCUGGAGCUCUACUCCCCCGAGGGCGACUGCUGGAUGAGCCUGCCCCCCAUGCCCACCCCGCGUGCCGGUGCGGCCGUGGCGGUGCUGGGAAAGCAAAUCCUGGUGGUGGGAGGGCUGGGGGAGGACCAGAGGCCCCUGAAGGUGGUGGAGAUGUACAACACGGAGGAAGGCAGGUGGAGGAAGAGAAGCGCCCUGCGGGAGGCCUUGAUGGGUUUAUCCAUCACCGUGAAAGAUGGCCGGGCUCUGGCUGUAGGGGGAAUGGGUGCCGACCUGCUCCCUCGUGGCAUCCUGCAGCAGUAUGACCUUCGAAAGGACUUGUGGGCACUACUUCCUCCCAUGCCGACCCCUCGCUACGACGCCAACACGCAUCUGCUGGGCAACAAGCUCUACGUAGCAGCCGGUCGGCAGUGUAAGCGACCCGUGAAGGCCUUCGAGGUGUACGACACAGAGACGCGCUCUUGGACUACGCUACCCAUCAUGCCUUGUAAACGAUCGUACGGGGGCGUAAUAUGGGACACGACCGGGAGGCUGUGUCUGCUCGGAGGACUGCGGCAGGGAGGAGGACACCAGACCUCUAAGUUCACCAAGAACGUCAACAUUUUUGACACCAGCCAAGGCGCCUGGUUGAAGUCGGAGGAGACGGUGGCGAUGAAAACAAAGAGGGCCGACUUUGCCGCCGCUUUCCUACGCGGCCGGAUGAUUGUAGCAGGAGGACUCGGUCACGAGCCCUCGGCGCUGGACACGGUGGAGGCCUUCCACUCUCAGAGGAAGAAGUGGGAGAGGUUGGCCCCCAUGAACUUCCCCCGAUGCUCCACCUCCUCCAUCGUCAUCAGAGACCGCCUCCUGGUGGUGGGAGGAGUCAACCAGGUUCCCAGCUCGGCCCACGAGAUCCUGUACGUGAAAGAGGAAGAGUAUCUGUAAUUGAAUGCAGCGGAUCGGCGAUCCCACUCCUCUGGACGACCCUCCUGACUCGGACUGUAGUGCAAUAUAAAAGAUAUAAGCAUUAGAAAAGAACAGAGAUGGAGUCAGAGUGAAAGUCCCCCUGCCUUUGAGAUGUACAGUAACAGACGGCACCGCCCCCUGCUGGGGCUGUACGGACA